AAAUGAACUGAUACAUAAAUAAAAAAAAUAAAAAAAGAACUCUCCGUUUUCUCUCUAAUUAUGAUUCAUGUACCUGAAUUUCACCUUGGCAAAAACUGUUUAGACAAUGGCAUGACCAAACUUCUCAUAACCCUUGUUCUAAUAAUUCUUGCCCCCAUGAUUCCUCUCUACAUCCUGAAUAUCUCAUCACCAAUAUGGCUGCCUUAUAAGAGCUCUGAGAGCAGAAAAUGUGACAUAUUUCGUGGGACAUGGAUUUCGUAUCAGAAUAUGCCAUACUAUAAUAAUGCAACAUGUCGAGAAAUCUUUGAUCAACAAAACUGCAUGAAGUUUGGCAGACCAGAUACUGAUUUCAUGAAAUGGAAGUGGAAACCAGACGAGUGUGAGCUGCCUCGCUUCGAUGCGGAGCAGUUUUUGGAGCUUGUAAGAGGAAAGUCAAUGGCAUUUGUUGGAGACUCCUUAGGAAGAAACCAAAUGCAGUCACUGCAGUGUCUCUUAGCCAGAGUGGUCUAUCCUGAAGACAUUAUUUCUUACACAGAAGAUAAAAGAUUCAAGAGAUGGUUCUAUGUUAACUACAACUUCACACUAGCAUCCUCUUGGGCGCCCCACUUGGUUCGAACCAUUGACACAGACCCUAAUGGCCCGACCAAUAACCGCCUUUUGAAUCUUUACUUGGAUGAGGCCGACGAUGCCUGGGCAGCUCAAAUUGAGACGUAUGACUACGUGAUCAUCUCGGCUGGAAGAUGGUUCUAUGGACCACAAGUAUUUUAUGAAAAUGGCAAGGUUGUUGGAUGCCAUCGAUGUCUUAAGAACACCAUCAAGAACCUCACAAUGUUCUAUGGAUACAGGAAGGCUUUUAGAACUUCUUUCAAGACCCUGCUCAGCCUUGCAAGGUUCAGUGGGGUAACAUUUUUGAGGACCUUGUCACCGGCACAUUUUGAGAACGGUGAAUGGAAUAAAGGAGGCAAUUGUGUCAGGACGCAGCCCGUUUCUAAUGGAGAAAUGAAAUUGGAAGGGGGUGAUUUGGAGCUAUACUUGACUGAAGUAAAGGAGUUCAGAAGAGCAAAAAGGGAAGGAAAAAGGAGGGGCUUAGAUUUCAGGUUGCUAGACAUAAGUGCAGCAAUGGUUGUGAGGCCAGAUGGACACCCAAACCAUUAUGGACACUGGCCGCAUGAGAAUGUGACUAUUGCCGAUUGUGUUCAUUGGUGCUUACCAGGCCCAAUUGAUACUUGGAACGAGCUCUUGCUUCAGAUGCUGAAGCGGGAAAGGCACUGAAGAGCCAUUCAGUAGCAGACUACACAAUAUUCAGCUCAAUGCAAUCUGAUGGGUUUGGAUGAGGCAAAUGGUUGGGGGGGAGUCAUGUGGAGUGUGAAAAGGCAUGGUUUCUGAUUUCCAGUUUUUGUUGUUUAUUAUUUAUUUCAAGUUGCCAGUCGUUUCCGAGUCAAUAUCUUCCAUUUGGUUAUGGUCCAAACUCCUGAGAGACGGACGGUAAAAAUUAUAAAACCAUCAUUAGAAUCUGUUAAAGGGAUUCUACGCCCAAGUGCGAUCAACCAUCUCAAUCAGGAUGGUGUUGUUUCUGGUUCUAGUUCAAAACGCCCUGUUCAAGUGCAGAAAAGAUAGAAAAAAACAAAGAAACUAGGCAUUAGUGAAUCACCGGGAGCUUUGUAUUUUCACAAUGAAGAUGUUUAACUAUUAUCUCUAUAAAAUGUUUUCAUAUUUUAGCA